AUGUCUACGCGAAACGAGGAGCUUGGUUCCAAGGUUGACCAUCAGCAUGGCUUGGCGGAUCUGACAGUCGACCCGGCGGCCGAGAAGAAGCUGGUCCGGAAGUUGGACCUGUAUCUCGCUCCCAUAAUGGUCCUGUUCUUUCCGAUGGCCUACCUCGAUCGGAGCAACAUCGCCUCGAUCCUUCCAAGCAACGCAGUGAUCGCCGGCAUGACCGAGGACCUCGAACUGACAGGCGACCGCCUCAACGUAGCCGUGACCGUCUUCUACAUCACCUACAUCACGUUCGAGAUCCCCGCCGCCCUCUCGCUCAAGCUCGCCGGCCCGCGCCGCCUCAUCCCCUUCUUCAUUAUCGGCUGGUCGCUGGUCGUGGUCGGCUCGGCCUUUAUAACCAGUUACGCCGGUCAGCUGGCCACGCGCCUCCUGAUCGGCGCCUUCGAGUCCGGCCUUUUCCCCUUCCUGACGCUCUACCUCUCGACAUUUUACAAGAAGGAGGAGCAGGCCCGCCGCGUGUCGUACCUAUUCGUCGUCGCCGCACUGUCAGGCGGCCUGGGCGGCCUCCUGGCGUACAGCCUGACGAACCUGCACGGCGCGGGCGGCCUCGCCGGCUGGCGCUGGCUGUUCCUCGUCGAGGGGCUGGUGUCUAUGGCCCGGCUCAUGCGCGUCCGGGGCGAGCAAACGGCCGUCUACCUGGGCGAGUCCGAGCUGUUUGACAGGGAGGAGGUUAGGCUGGCCUUUCGGGACCCCAAAGUUUGGCCCUCGGCCGCCUGCCAGUUCUGCGCCAACACGUGCUCCUUCGGCUUCGGGACCUUCCUGCCCAUCAUUAUCAGGGGCUUCGGCUACCCGGCCGUUACAACGCAGCUGCUUACCGUGCCCGUCUACGUGUGGGCGUCCGUCUUUUACAUCCUCGUUAGCUACCUGUCGGACCGGGUUAACAGGCGCGCCGUCUUCAUGACGCCCUUCGCCCUGGUUACGGCGGCCGGGUACGCUAUGCUGGUGGGCGUCCCUACGGCCGCCACCUCGGUGCUUUACUUUGCCACCUUCGUCGCCACGACCGGCAUCUACUGCGUCGUCGGCCUCAACGUAACGUGGGUCAGCAACUCCCAAUGCGGGCUACUACAAGCGCGGGGCCGCCAUUGGCAUCCAGCAGAUGGUCGGCAACUCGGCCGGCAUCAUGGUAAGCCGCCAUUCGCUUUACUCGGUCAUGUCCAGCAACACCCUAUGCUAAUUCGUCGCUGGCUUUUCACCCCGCAGGCGGGGCAAAUCUACCGCCUGACGACAUCAGACGACCGCUACUUCGUCGGCCACGCCGUUUCGCUGGUCGCCAUCUGCGUCGCGUCGUUCGGCUACUUUAUCAUGUGGGCCGUACUGAGACGGAUCAACGACAGGCGGGAGGCCAUGAGUGUCGAGGAACGCGUGCGCGCGCUGGAUGCCGGAAAAAAGGGCGACCGCCAUCCAGACUUUCGAUACAUCUUGUAA